AUCCGCGUGCUCGACGCUUUGGCCGCGACGGGCCUGAGAAGCAUCCGCUACGCCAAAGAGGUGCCCGGCGUCCGCAAGGUCGUCGCCAACGACGUCGACGCGGACGCCGCGGCGGCCUGCGGGCGCAACGCCGCGGAGAAUGGCGCCGCGGACAUCUGCGAGGCCCACUGCGGCGACGCGGUCGACUUCAUGACCGCGUCGCGCGGCAAGGGCUCCCAGGGCUUCGACGUCAUCGACCUCGACCCCUACGGGUCCUGCGCGCCCUUCCUGGACGCCGCCGUCCAGGCCGUCAACGACGGCGGCCUCUUGUGCGUCACGUCGACGGACAUGACCGUGCUCAGCGGCAACUACCCCGAGGUCUGCUUCGCGAAGUACGGCUCCAUGCCCACGAAGGCGAAGCACCUCCACGAGUUCGCCUUACGGAUCCUCGUCCACGCCAUCGAGGCCGCCGCGGCCAAGUACCAGCGCCACGUCGUGCCCGUGCUCUCCCUGUCCAUCGACUUCUACGUGCGCGUCUUCGUCCGCGUCUACAAGCGCCCCGCGGAGGUCAAGAAGUCCGCGGCGAAACGGGCGUUCGUGCUCCAAUCCGCGGGCUGCCCGUCCUUCUACUUGCAACCGUUGGCGCGCUCGCUCGACCGCGAGGGCGGCCACGCCGCGGCGCUCCUCCACCGCAAGGCCACCGUGGCCCCGGCCUUCUGCGGCGAGACGGGCGCGCCCUUCAAGAUCGGCGGGCCCAUCUGGUCCGCGCCCUUGCACGACCCCGAGUGGGUCCUCGCGGGUUUGGACCGCGUCGCCGCGGGCGUCGACGCGCACCUGUCGACGACGGAGCGCAUCCACGGCAUGCUCACGGCCGUCUCCGAGGAGCUGCUGGACGUGCCGCUCUACUACACGCUGCCCGACCUCUGCUCCGCGCUCCACUGCGCGUCGCCCAAAAUGGCCGAGGUCCGCGCGGCGCUCACGCACGCGGGCUACCGCGUGUCCCAGCACCACCGCGAGCCCGACGCCAUCAAGACCGACGCGCCGCCGCGCGUCCUCUGGGACGUCUUCCGCUGCUGGGUCAAGAAGCACCCCGUGUCCGAGAAGCGCCUCGCGGAGCCGCGGUCCGCCGCCGCCAAAAUCCUCGCGACGGCGCCGGUCCUCGAGGCCAACUUCGCGACGACGGCGGCCAUGCGCGCCAAGGCCACCAAGGCCCGCCGCUGGGCGCCGAACCCGGAGGAGCACUGGGGCCCCAAGGCCGCCGCG